GUUAAAGGUCACAUUACAACGUGGUCUCUGUAAAUAUCGUCCGUUGGCCUGUGGAAGAAGAGAAGGGUGACGCUAUGCAGCUCUUGGCCCAGACAGGCCAGCGGUGUCUUGCUUUAUGGAAGACACCUUGUCUGAGUAGCAGCCGGCAGUUCUGGGGAUGGCUGAAUGCUGUGUUUAACAAGGUGGAUUAUGAGAGGAUCAAGGCGUUGGGUCCUGACCGUGCAGCCUCCGAGUGGCUCCUGCGCUGUGGGGCAAAAGUGCGCUACCAGGGCUUCGAUCGCUGGCAGCACGACUACAAUGCCCUGCCCACUGGCCCUCUGGGCAAAUUCAAGAUCCAGGCCAUCGACGCGACAGAGUCCUGCAUCAUGUAUCGAGGAUUUGACCACCUGGAUGGUCUAAAACAUCUUGAAGAGAUUAAGUUCCACAAGUGUAUCUACAUAGAGGAUGUGUGUUUGGAGAGACUGAGCCGAAUCGAGAACCUUCAGGCCAGUCUGAGGUGCGUGGAGGUGGUGUCAUGUGGCAAUGUGACUGACAGGGGCAUCAUUGCCCUGCAUCACCUCAGGAAUCUGGAACGUCUGUUUCUCAGCGACCUACCUGGAAUGAAGGAGAAAGAUAAGACAGUUCAAACUCUGCUGACAGCUCUACCUAACCUUGCCAUUGAGCUAGACUUAGACUAAUAGCUAAGCUACACUAUACAAAAAGGUUGUACAGACUGUAACAUGGCAGAACACAACUAUAGGGACUGUAUGGGAUCCAGCAUGGACAUGAAUGCAGAGCAACUGCAAAUGGGAGCAUACUGUACAACCACUGGAUUCAUGUGGAGUUUUGGCCAAGCAAAGCAAUUGAAAGCUCUAAUUUCUUCCAUUGAUGGUGGACCCUGUGAAGCACUCUGAAAUAAUGAAAGGUAAAAUAAGCCUUUUAACAUCACUUUAUUAAAACCAUUCUCCAAACCUGAAAA